CCUCGAAACGAAACGCCAUUGUAGGUCGUGAAACGUCAAGUUUGAGUGGCAGUUGAGCCAUGGCGGUCGCUCCCUUUACGAUCAAGCCCAGCCUUCGAAUGCCUUCUCUAUAGUUUUAUCGGAGAAAAUACUAUCGGAGUUCCCUGAUGAGAGCACCACAGUCGUCCUCGUCCCUAUGGACGCACCAGCUCCGCCAGUGCGUGCCGCUGACGUCAGCUGCAAUCAUGAUUGCGCUGCAACUGGGCCUGCUUGUCGUUUUCCUCCGCCUCCUCCAUUCCUCCCCUCCAUCCCUCCUCCCGAUCUCUCUUCACUCUCGCACCCUUCCCCUCACUCUCACAUCCUCAUCAGCCGGCGACUCUACCAAAUCAGAGUCGCGGCAUGAACAGAUCUCCGAUAAUUGCUGCACCGGAAAUAGCAGCAGCAGCAGUAGCAGCAGCAUCAAUGGCAGGAGUAGCGUUAACGACGGUAUCGGAGACGCUUCUAACGAGGACGAUCCGCCGCCCUUCCCUCCCCCGGAGCGCGCCAUCGUGGCGUGGUUCGCGCGCCGCUAUUGGUCCGCGAUGAACGCCGCGGCGGCGCGCUGCCGGCUGAAGCGCAGUCGCCAGCCCAGAGCGCGCCCGCCUUUCUCCUCAAACCCUGCGUGUCGGCAUCUGCGGCGGGGAAGCGCUUUCUCCCUGCUAAGGCAGCUGCCGCUGGUGCAGAUGCCGCCCAAAGAGCUACGGCUGCCGCCCAAAGGAUCAGAGAGGGGAGCGGGCGGCAGCGGUGUGAGGCUUAAACGGGUGGAGGUGGAUUCAGAUCUGACGCUCAUUGCCAUCGUCUUCCCGCAGUUCCACGCGUGCCAGGAGAACGACCAGUUCUGGGGAGUCAACUUCACCGAGUGGGACAACGUAAAGCGUGCCUUCUUCCACCCCACCACCUUCCGCCCCGUCGCCCACCCCAUCGGCCCCCACCCUCCUCAACCGCACCCAACCACUUCUCUCGAUCCUUCCCCUACCUCUCCAUACUCCGUCUCUGCCCCCAUGUCAAAUACGUCCUCCAUAUCCCACCCACUCUCGCCCCUCUCCGGUGGUUACUACAACUUCCUCUCUCGCUCCCACCGCCGCCGAACCGCAGCUCUGGCCCGAGCCUACGGCAUACAUGGGCUGUGCUACCACCACUACUGGUUCGGCUGCCGCCGAACCACACUCGCCGAGCCUCUGCUCCGGAUGCUGGAGGACGGCGAACCGAACCUCCCUUUUUGCCUUAUCUGGGCGAACGAGCCGUGGACGAACAGAUGGGAUGGGGCCAGGGGGGGUGGAAGUGGAAAUGGGGUUUUGAUGGAGCAGACUUAUGGGGGUGAGGCGUGCUGGAGAGACCAUUUUGACUGGCUCCUGAAAUUCUUCAAGCACCCAAACUAUAUUAAGGUGUCUGGUCGCCCUAUGUUCGGCAUUUACCAACUUGGCGAUAUCCCCGAACCUGAGGCUCGGGGAAUGUUUGACCUGUGGCACACCUUGGCUCGGGAGCACGGCUUCCUGGGCCUACACCUAUUCCAGUGCCUCACGCACACCAACAGCACGCCGAACCAGCGCUCCCUCGUCCAAGCCGUGGCAGAAUACGAGCCUAACUAUCGCAAGUUUAGGUUCGGCGAGACCCCAUCCCCUGUUCGGCUGCAUCAGAACCACUACCGAGGCUCGUACGUGGCAUGGGAUAACUUCCCGAGGCACUCGACGGACCUGUCGUGGAGGCUUGGGGACGUGGCAGAGGACCCAGUGCACUUGGCAGCACGAAUGGAGGCUCGGAUGAGGCUGGCUCGGCAGGACGUAGCUGAGGUUCGGCAGAGGUUCGGCAGCCCAAACGGCACGGGAUUCCAACAGCCUAGCAUAGUUCAAGUCCAAAAUGGGACAGAGCAUGGUCAGGAAGGGUCGGACGAAGACCAGAAAGGGACGGAGCAAGUGCAAGCGGGGGGUGGCAAUGGGACGUUCUUCUUUGUUGCCGCUUGGAACGAGUGGGGCGAAGGGAACGCCCUCGAACCGAACCACCUCUUUGGGUUCGGAAACCUCAAUGCCGUUGCCCGAGCCUACGCCCGGAGCAGGCUUCCCGCCACUGAGCCUCAGCUCGUGCUGCGGAGAUUAACCGAAGCUGCAGUGGCGUGCGAGCUUUGUCUUGACGUGAGAUAUUACGUGGAUAUGAGUGCGGAGCUCUAUGAGGGGCUGGAGGGGCGGGUGAGAGGGGAGCAAGGACGCAUAGUGAAGCACUUUCUAGAGAAGGGAUUUGGGGGAGGGAUGCAGUUUAGGCUGAGGAGGAAGAGGCGUGGGGAAGAGCUUGGGAAGGAGCGUCAGGGGGAGGAAGGGGAGGGAGAUGGCGAGAGGGACAGAGAAAGUGAGGUGGCAGAUCCGGAAGGAUAUCAUGAGCUCAGGUGCUCUGCGGGUACUAGUGUGGCAUGGGGUAGCAAUGCCACUACCGAUAAGGUUGCACGGUUGUACAGUAGAAAGUAUUACAGCCGCAAUGCCAGCCGGGGGUGCAAGUGGUUGAAGCUGCCUCUUGACUAUGUAACGGUCGCUUAUCUGGUAGAAG